AUGUCGAUUGUGAUGUACAAUACAACUGAUAUUAACGUAAUGGAAAGUGUUACUACCACAUCGACUCCCUCGCUCAGAGGCACAACAGCGAAAGCAUUGAAGUUAUCAAAUCGAACUACGACACAAUCGAAAGUGUAUAAGCCAAGAACUAACCAAACUCACAAGACAGUCAAACCAAAGUCUAAAUUGAACACCAAUGCAGAUGGUGGAAUGGCGAAACAAAUCAAUGAGAAAAAGUUUCAUGUGAAGAAGAAAUACUUGCUGCCUAUCCAUCACUACACCAGCGGACCAAACUACAAUUAUGAACAUUUCCGAAUAGCUGUAUUAUUUGCUUUGUACAUGGAUAGAUCAAUUGUUGAAAAGAGGUUUCACACCCACUAUACGCAAAACCAUAGCAGAGCUGGGUGGAAGUUCCUGAACGAGACAUUUGACGUAGACGAACUGCAAAAUAUAGUGGAUGUGACAAGUAUUGAUGAAUUUAAACGUAACUGCAAUAACACUGCAAGUCUCGUAAUUACGUUUUUCUUGGACGUUGCGACUCGUCCAGAUCCUGCGAAAACGUACCAACAACAUGUAGAGUUAUAUAAAAAAGAAUAUGGAAUCCACUCACCAGAUUGGUCUAAUGUAACUUUUAUUACGAAUGCUAAUGAAACAAUAACCUCACUGGCACAAGAACAGUGCCUUGGAAUUUACAUGCCAUCAGAUUUUAAAGGUUUACAAUUUCCCGAGAAACUGGCCUUAGUGCAUCGAGUCGAUCUUCAUUUAAUUCGACCAAAUAGAGUACGGGCAAUGGCUAACGUUGUAAAAAGAGUGGUAUUUCAAGAACAGUCGUAUAUAGCGGUGCAUUUUCGAACUAAGACUGAAGAAGGUUGUCGCAACAAUAAGACACACUGUGAUCCACUCAUGGUUGCAGGGAUGGAGCGGGCAGCAAUGGAUUUGACUGAAGACUUGUGUACGCUGAUGUCGAGAAGAAAUGUAUCUGCAAUGUAUGUGGCGCUUCCGAUCUACGCAAAGAAAUACAAGCAAAUAUUUCAAAAGAAAAUCACCAACGUUUUCUCAGCAGAAGACAUCAUUGCAUUGCCAUCUAUAUCACCACUAAAAGACGAUAACUAUGUAAUAUCUUUGCUGGAACAAGAACUUUCCAUACGUGCCAAGUUAUUUAUUUCAUGGGUGCGUUCCUCGUGGUCACACAUGGUGGUUUUGCAAAGAGAAGUACACUCAAAGGAGACGAUCAAUAUCAGUACGUUACCAGGAUGGGACACCAACAAACUGAAAUUAGUAAAACGGAAAUAA